AUGAAGCUUCUAUUCCCAAAGGAGCUUAUUGAUGAGAAUCUAGAAGGAUUCAAGGAGAAAGUGACAAGAACUCUAAAGCUUUUUCCUAAGGCAGUAGUGCCAAGGGACAUUCAUGGAGAGAUUGUCUAUCCAGCUGUGAAUCACCCACCAGAUACUCAUUGCAAGGAGAAAAGACUUGGAGGAUCAAGAUGCCUCUUGUCUCCAUCUUCUCCUGAGCGCCAAGCCUUACAGAUAGAAGGAGAAAAAGGUGUGAAAACACAAUCCGCGCCAAAACAUUGGCCGCGGACGCGCAAAAGAAUUUUGGCCGAGCAAUUUCCAACCGGGCCGACCGUACGGUCGAGCCGGGAAGGAAUGGCUGUGCUCGGCCGGAUUGAUCUAUCGCGCGACAAAACCGUUCGCGCGGCACGCACGAACCGGGAAAGAAAGGCCGCGAUCGGCCGAUUUUGUAUCGGAACGGACCGACCGUGCCGGUCGAUCCGGGAAACAAACGAUCGGCCUCGGCCGAAAUCUCUCGGCCAAACGAAUUUGGCCGACCAAAUCGCUCGACCGCGACAAAAUCCAUCGGCCAUCGGCCCAAACUUUUCUCGGCCAAGGUAA